GACUGGCAACGCGUAGACUUGUUACCAUCAUGUUCUUCUCCGUUAUACUCAUCAUUGCCGCCAGUAGCACCGUCUGUGGAACAUCAGAGCCCCUCGACUCUGUUCCGCCGGCAUCUCGCAAUGUUGCUCAGCACGGAGCCCAGCAGGCAGACGCUGGCAAUGCUUCACAGCUUGCAGAGUCGGGGAGUAGCAAUGUCGCCAGUCCAAGCGAGACGGCGAAUCUAAUGGUGGCUGCUUCCUUGUCCCUGCAAAGUGUACUGGAAGGUCUUCAAGCCGAGAUGCAACAUCUUCAGACGGAGAUGGAGGCCAAAGAGCAAACGUUCCAGGCUGAGUUACAACAACUCAGAAAUGAAACGGUAGCCAAAGACCAACUUAUGCAGGAAGAAGUGCAGCGAAUUCAGGCAGAGUUUGAAGCCAAAGACCAACAACUUCAGGCGGAGUUUGAAGCCAAAGACCAACUGAUGCAAGCCGAAAUCCAGCAACUUCGGAACAUAAUGGCGGAAAAAGACCUACGCAUCCAGGACCUAGAACAACGGGACUACAUCGAACGUUGUGAAAGCGGUACAUUGGAACCAUCAGGACCUUUGGCCUCCGGUUCUGGCACUCGCUACGUUGACGUGACCGGUACGUUCGACAGGGCCUUCCGAAGAACGCCCGUGGUGACUGUCGCUUUCUUGUACCUGGACCAUUUUCCCGGUCACAUUCGGGCAUCAGCUGGUGUGACGUCCGUCUCCACAACAAGCCUGACGGUGAAAGUGACAGGUGUUUCCGGUUUACCUGUGGGCGGCGUGUUACAUGUAGGUACACGUACAGACGGGUUAGACACGGGACAAAACUACAGGUCCGUGGGGAACAGGUAUCACAGAGAAUGUCUUCAUCACACCUACCGACAACAGUUAGGUCAUACAGGUGAGAGGAGCACACCUCGCACAGGUGAGAAUGUCGCCGCGUCAGAAAGCAAACACCGCUAUUGUUCAUUACCAGGAAAGACCGGAAGUCUGCCCUUAACACUACCGUGUGGUAGAGACUGUGGUGAGAAUGUGGGUGGGAAAGGUGCGGCGUGUGCCCGCAAUAUCCACACCUGUGGUACACCUGAAGUCGGCAAACAGGGUGAGGCGAAGACUCCUCAGAACAUCGCUAGCGAGAUGGCCGAGAGGAUCUUAAAGAAACUGACCUCCUUGGAAGAAAGCAGACGCGUGGCGAAGGUGGAGAAGACGGAAGUGGAGACACAGAUCCUUAAACUGAAGGAGGAGGCUAUAAGGAGCGUGGAAGACAGCGCCAAGACGUUAAUGGAACAAGUACGUCUUAUCUUUGACAGGUGGGAAGAGGACGUCAAGAACGAGGUGGAAGACUUGACGUCAUCACUACAGAGUUGCCAUGGCAACCGCAGGCAUAACUACGUCGGGACGAAAAGUCAACUGGACGUAAAGUUGCAUCGCAACUCCCCCAAGCCACCCAGAGUCGAGCUCGUACCCAACAGUUUUGAAGGAACCGACUUCACUCUAGGCCAGAUUCGAGUCAAGAAAUUCGAAGAAGACAAGGCUCGACCACAAGACGUGCUCUCACCGCCCUCUAGGACGUUCACCUCUUGGAAGUCCCGUUUUGGGACGAGCGGGACGAAAAGGGGACAGUUUUUAGAGCCGCUUUGCGUCACCGCCGCCUUGGGACAAGUCUACGUCAUCGACCGGGCGGGCGGUGGGCGAGUCCAAGUGUUCACAUUAAGGGGGGAGCAGGUUGGAGAAUUUACGCUCGACGUGGGGAAAGAUUUGAGCAUAAAUGGUUGCGGACUGUCUUCAGACGGCAGAUGUGUUUCCUUUGUAGGCAGUUUGUAUGAAGGGACGCUAGGCGUGAACACGACGUAUACAAACGUCUUUGCGAAGUACACCAAAGAGGGCCGGCUGGUGACGAGAAGGACCCUGGACGUCGGGUCCAACCGAGACCCGGUUAUUGACGCCGCGGGGUUUGCGGAUGGCAGGAUGGCGGUAGCCUUGACUGGGAAGGUCUGUAUCCUAGCAACCAGCGGUGACGCGUUGUCAGAGUUCGACACGGCCGUACAGACCUACAAGCGUGUGUGUGUGGACAACAGGAGCAACAACAUCCUUCUGUCUCUACACAAAACUGUGCAGGAGUACGAUGAGCGAGGCCGGCGGUUGCGUGAGCUGAGUCUACAGCCGGGACCAGGCAGAGCGCCCCUCACCGGGCCUCACGGUCUCUGUGUGGACAGCAGCGGCAACAUCAUCGUGGCGAACUGGAGCAACAGCCGGGUCCAGAUGUUCGACAGAAGGGGAGGAUUCCUGGAGACUAUAGCUGGGGAAGAGGACGGAUUGGUGUGCCCGUGGGACGUCACAGUACCCAAGAAAGGAUGUGUGACUGUUGUGGAUUGGAGAGAACACUGUGUCUUUGUUUUUCGGUACUAGACAUCAUCGUACCCAACUGGAGCAACAGUCGAGUCCAGAUGUUCGACAGAAGGGGAGGAUUCCUGGAGAUUAUAGCUGGGGAGGAGGACGGGUUGGUGUGCCCGUGGGACGUCACAGUACCCAAGAAAGGAUGUGUGACUGUUGUGGACUGGAGAGAACACUGUGUCUUUGUUUUUCGGUAC